CUUAGCCAUGCAAAAACACACUCACAUGGACGAGGACAAGGCAAAGGCUAAGGAAGGAGGAGAAGUGAAGUACAGAGGCGUUCGAAGGCGGCCUUGGGGGAAAUUUGCUGCGGAGAUACGAGACUCCACUCGCCAUGGAGCACGAAUAUGGUUGGGGACUUUUAACACAGCCGAGGAAGCUGCAAGAGCUUAUGAUCGAGCAGCUUAUGCAAUGAGAGGCCACUUAGCCAUUCUUAAUUUUCCUAAUGAGUACCCACUUACAAGUAGUGGCGGUUCUUCUUCUGGUUAUGGUUCUACAACUUCCUCUGCUCCUUCUUCUUCUUCUUCUUCUUCUUCCUUGUCCUCUUCACCGUCAAUGCAAAAUCAAGUUAUCGAAUUGGAGUAUCUAGAUGAUAGGCUGCUGGAAGAGAUGCUUGAGCAAGAAGAGCAUAGGAGCAAUAAGAAGUGACGUCUUUUUUUUUUUUUCAUAUAGAAGUAAUUUACUUAAGUGUUUAUCAUUUUGCUACGUAGCAACAAAUUGAAACCCACGAAAGGGUUUUUAUCUCUGCAUUCAAAACACAUUCCGCAUAUUAUUCUGGAAGAAGACAAGAAGUCAAGAACAAAUAAACUUCACAUUUUUCAAA